AUGAAUGAGAAGUCGGUUGUGGUAACAUCAUGGUAUGAUAACAAGAGAGUCCUGAUGAUCUCCAACUUUGUUGGCAAGCAACCUGUGAGAAAGUGCACAAGAUACGACAAGAAGAAAAGGGAGAAGGUGAGCAUUGCACAACCAGCUGUGGUAGAUUUAUACAACUCGUACAUGGGUGGAGUGGAUAAAUCCGACAUGAUGCUAUCCCUGUAUCGUACCAAGUACCGAUCAAGAAAGUGGUACCAAAGACUAGCCCUACACCUCAGUCAAUGUGCAGUAAAGGUAUGGAUCAUUUACAGAGAAAUGGGUGGAGCAGAACGUUACCUCAAAUUCCUCAUGGAGAUCUGCAUCACACUUCUGACAGGAAACCCACAAGGCGAGGCAUCCGACAACGAGCCGCCAGCACCACCAAAGAAAAGAAUGAAAGUUACUGAUGUCCCGGAAUGUCUGCAAUUUGAUAAGUAUGAUCAUUGGCCAAUGUUGAUAAUCACACCAAAUGCUCAAAGAUGUAAAAUGGAAGGAUGGAAAAAGAAAACUAUGUUCAAAUGCAGCAAAUGCCAAGUGUAUUUUGUGUAUGAAUAA